AUGACUGAUUAUUUCUCUAAAUGGGUUGAAGUACAGGCACUCGAGAAGGUCAGGGAAAAGGAAGUCAUUGACUUCAUAUAUGAACAUAUAAUCCGUUGGUUCGAGAUACCCACAGAAAUUGCAUGUGACAACGGGAAGCAGUUCAUAGGCAGCAAAGUUAGCAAAUUCUUUAAAGAAUACAAGAUCAAAAAGAUCUUGUCCACCCCGUAUCACCCAAGCGCGAAUGGCCAAGCUGAAUCGAGAAACAAGAUUAUACUGCAGAACUUAAAGAAAAGCUUGACCGGCUCUAAGCACCGGUGGAAGGAGAUUCUACCCGAGGCAUACAUCGAUGUGAACAUCGGAAGCAGCACAAUGGAAGCCGAGAAGUCAUAG